GUUAGCCGUGGCUGAUAAAUGGUAGGCUGCGUCGUUUUUGAGCAUCAAGAGACGUUUUAACGUCGUGGUGUCGGAGUUUUACGUUUUAUCCCGAUUGUGCUUUCAUUUUCCCCUCCCGAGGCCAACCACAAAAAAGGAAGCGAUGGACUUCCGGGGCAGCAGGAGGCGAGGAGAGGAUGGCAUUGCUAUGGUUAUUGACUUUCUGCUGUCAAAUGCCCGACUGGUUCUUGGAGUUGGUGGAGCUGCACUGCUAGGCAUUGCUACACUUGCAGUCAAACGGCUGAUUGAACGCGCAGGCCGUGCUGCUGAGGAUGAAAAGGUGGAGCAGAAGAUGGCUGAAAGCUGGGAAGAGCUUAGUUUAGUCUCUGCCUCCCCCACAUUGAUCAGGAAGGGUCUGGAGGGUGUGGUGAUGAAGCAUGUUGCUAAGGCCACCAAACAGCAGAAAGCUGAUCUUUGCCAGCAACGGCAAAUGUCCAGUCUGGAGGUGCAGUCUGAGUCCAAACCCAAGAGACUCCAGCUAUGUGUCCUCACACUGCAGGAGCGUUUGCAGCAGUACUAUGACACACGGGCGGCUUUGGUCCCAGAAGAGGUGUGUAGGGCCCAGACCCGUGCUCUGGACAUUUGCACCGAGAUCCAGGGCUUCCUUCAUAUGCGUCACCCUGACAUGCCCCUGGGAGAGAUGAGUUUAGGAGGCUCUCUCCUGGAUGACCUACAGGUGGUCAGUGCGGACCAUGCAUGUCUGUUGAUGCCUCUUCAGUUGGAGUCUUCUCUGUGGCGUCUCAUACCUGGAGAGGAGACACUCCUGACACACCCCCUUCACUGGAUGGUCCGACGUCUCAAUCUGGAGUACUUUCCCAGAGGACAGAGCUACUGGGACCGGUUCCUGGUGGGGGGUUACCUGUCCUCAGAGACUCUAGUGAACAUGCUCUGUAAAGCUGUCAUGGAAACCAUGAAUUGGCCAUCUCUCAGCAGCACUCUAGACCGUGUCGUCAGACCUGUACUUGGAGGGCCAGACCUUCGCCUGGAGAUUAGUCCUGGAGAUGCAAAGGCAGGAGAGGGAGACAACAGUGACCAUCCUCUGUUCAUAACCAUGAUUCCUGUGCUGAAAGAGGGUGACGUGGUCCUGACAGCCCAGCCAGGGCUCACCUCUCCUUGGGUCAACGCUUGGCAUCUUGCACUCUACCCAUGGGAGACCCAGCGCCUGGCCCAGCUUGAUGCUUCUGAUCAUGGUUACCGAAAGCAAAUGCUUAAAACCCUUAAGGCAGUAUGCAGACUUAACCAUGCCCUCCGUCCACUCGCCUCUGCCCCUUUGGCCAAUCUCAUCUUGCACCUCAGUGACAGUGAGAGUGAUUGGUCAGAAAGUGCUCUUGAUAUGCGAUUCCAGCAGUGCAUCACAGAAUUGAUUGGCUACCUAGAGCAAGGGGCACUGCACAGUUACUUCAAGCCAGCUGUCAAUCUCUUGAGCAGCUUAUCAGAGGACCAGAUUGACCAGAUGGGCUUCAUGCUCUACUGUGCUGUGUCAGAGCCAGAAAUACUGCUCAUAUAGCCUCCUGCACGUAAAUGGUCAAUAUUACCCCAGGUCAGACAUAUGAAUACCCAUGAUCAAAUAAAUCUAAUGAGUUUUGAUAGAGAGAUGUGAUAUUGAAAUAGACUUGGCUCUUAACGACACUGAAUGGUGUCCACCAUACUUCACACUGGCCUUCUCUCCUUGUUUUUUUCCAUGCGCGAUCACUGAUAUGAGAAAAUGGGAGACAUUAGAGGAAAAUCUAAAUGGCUGGCACCAUUUCAUGGAGUUGUCACAGGAGAAGAAACUUGAAUGCAUACCGCAACUUUGGGGUACAGCUGGAAACUGGUACCGUAGUGGUAGAAACUGCUCUGUGGAAGGGAGACAUGUGCCAAGGGGAAGGAGAAAAUGUUCAGAAUUGAUAAUUGUGCCUGUUCCUGAGGACGUGCCUGAUCAUGGACCAUUACACACACACACACACACACACACACACACAAAGUAGUCAAGUAUACAUGCACUAUUUAAGUAAACAUAUAAGAAUUUUGUGGUUAGAACACCUGUGUGUGAAAUAGGCAGGUCCUCCAUGAUUAGCUGGUGUGAGGUAAUGAUCCCAAACAUUUAAAAGCUUUGUAAUGGAUCUUAUUGAACGUUGAUGUGGUGACAAGUAUCUGUUAACAAUAGCAAAGCGCAGAAGAGUUUGAAAUAAAAUAAAGCCCCCUUUUCUUUAACACCAAUUACAGAUUCUGGCCCAUGAAGUGGAAGCUGUGAAUGUGUGUUCCCUCUAUUCUCUAGCUGAAAAGUCCAGAGCGUUUGCUCUGCAUCGUUUUCCCAAGCCUACUUUGAAAUAUUCUAACUAUGCAGCACUAUGAUAACAUACUAAGAACUCUCAGGUCUUACUGGACUGAGGGCUUAAAGCAUUCAUUCUGUAUAAUCAGCUUGAUUUAAUGUUGCGUAUUUAGCUGUCUCAAUGUGAGGGUUGAGUUUGCAGUAUAUUUACUUUUUAAAUUUUCAGUGUUGAAGCUUUUAAAUUUGGUUGAUAGUUACACUGCUUUAUCUAAUGUGGUUGCUUUCUAUCAUUGUGCUAAUGUCUCUGGUUUAUUUGCAUUUUGAUGGUGAGUGAGAGAGUGGGUUUUGGUGACAGAUAUUUAGCACUUGUUCAGAUUGCUCCUCUUGUUUAGUUGUCCUCACGAAAUUAAAUGCACGAUGGGUGCAAGGACUUGUUAGAUACCAUGCCAAGUUCUGUGCAUGCGUAAUGUGCAUAUUUGUGACCGGGAUGAACUGUUGCUCUUUUUCCUUUUUUAUAUGUUCACCUAAUUCUUAAUUGAAACGGUGUCUUUUAAUAUUUGGUGAAACCCUGCAAUUAGAGGUGUUGAUGUUACGAUCCUGAAGAUGAUCCUUUUUUGUUUAACCUUCCUGAUGCUUACUGUGAUAUUGAUGACAGCAUUGAUGUUUAAGCAGUUCAAAUCCCAGAGAACAUCAGCAUCUUUCCCGUUGCCGAAAAAACACAUAACAAAAAGAAGACAAUUGAUUAAAUCUGGAUGUCAGUGGAAUUGCCAUUGACUUCAUAUUAACGUUUGUUGGGUUUUAAAUCUUCAGGGUUGUGACUUUAGAUCCAUUCAGUGUUUUGUCAAGAUCAGACAUCUACAGUCUCAUUGGAGGAACCUUAAUUUAAUAAAAUUGCC